UGAAUAUUUCACUAAUUCACAACUUUGUAAUAGACAUUUCUGUACUCUUUUACUACAAAAUUGUAUUUAGAAAAUCGUUAUCAAUUUUUGGAACAACAGAAAUCUUUAUAAGUAGCGCAGAAUGAAGGACCUGGACGGCUCCCUAGAUACCCUGGAAAAUGCCCGCUUCAAUUACGUCUAUGUAAAGGCCAUUGCUAAGUUGGGAAAGGACUCGAUCUUCACACACAACGAGCUGGUCAGCAUAGUGAUGCUCUAUCAUAAAUUCGUCCUGGUGAAUGGGCCAAGAGCUAAGUACAUGACCAUCGCGCAACUCUCUAUGAUAAUGGAGCUUUUGUUCGAGAUCGAGGAUCGCGAACUAAGUGCUACCAUUGUGUAUAGAAUAGCCCAUACCCCAGGAUCCAGGUCUUCGGAUUUCUUUCCUGACAGACAUGUGCAUUUGGAUUCCUUUGUGAGGCUAUUUACCAUCUACUUUACCAGGGAUCUGCAGAUGAAGAUGGAGUUUGCCUUUUCGAUCUACGAUAAGUCCGAUUCCGGGCAGUUGAAUGGCGAGCAAGUGGGGUUCUUCGUUAAAAAGUUUUUCGACUGCGAGGACGAAGACGAGGCAACUGAACUGCGAAUGGACAUGAAGGAAAUGCUCUUUCUUAAAUUCGACCUAGACAAGGACACCAACAUUUCGAUGGAGGAGUAUUACGAGGUGGUUCGUCAGCAGCCGGAGUUGCUGGAGUGUUUUGGCCGCGUCUUUCCCCCGAAUCCUCAAAUGGAAGUCCUUGCGCUUUGCGCCAACGUAAUGUCCUGGUUCGAUGACUCACCCAAUCCUAGGAUUAUGACCAGUCCUGAAACUGGAAAGGCAGCUAGUUAAUAGGAAGCUCAUAAAAGGAUCUUAAGUCAUAUCCGAUAGUAAAAUUGUGAAACGUGUUGAUAUAGAUUAUUAGAAACCAAUAAA